AUGGAGAAGCCCGAGGAAACACGCCCCGUUGAGAAACCAUGGAAGUGUGGCGACUGCGGGAAGGGCUUCCGUGUCCCACCGGUCCUAGCGGCUCGUCAGUGCAAUCACACUGGGGAGAGGCCAUUCUCCUGCCCCGAGCAGGCGAAGGUCUUUACUUGCUCCUGUGUCCUGCUGGCCCAACAGCAUAUACAGACUGGUGAGAGGACGCUUUACUGCUCCAUGUGCGGGAAAGGGUUCACUUGGGGGAAGGCCUUCAGCGACUCCUCCAACCUGCUGAGACACCGGCGAGUCCACACGGGGGAGAGGCCCUUCAGCUGCCCAGAAUGCGGGAAGGCCUUCAGCAAUUCCUCCAACCUGCUGGGCCAUCAGCAGGUCCACACAGGGGAGAGGCCCUUCAGCUGCCCAGAGUGCGGGAAGGCCUUCAGUAAAUCCUCCAACCUGCUGGCCCAUCAGCGGGUUCACACGGGGGAGCGGCCUUUCGCCUGCCCAGAGUGUGGUAAGGCCUUCAGCAAUUCCUCUGACCUGUUGUCCCACUGGCGGGUCCACACCAGGGAAAGGCCAUUCAGCUGUCCUGAGUGCGGGAAGGGGUUCACCCGCUCCUCCAAACUGCUGGCCCACCAAUGGGUCCAUACCGGGGAGAGGCCGUUUGCCUGCCCCGACUGCGGGCGGAGGUUCACAUUGUCCUGCAACUUGCGGAGGCACCAGCAGGGGCACAAGUGCAUCCAACAAUCAGAUUCCACCAGUGAUGCUGCAGUGGGUCACCCCCAGAGCUGA